CAUCAUCUCUGUCGACAGGGAACUUCAAGACAGGGAAGACAGGGAACUUCAAUGUCUUCCUUGUGCUGCGAAUAUCGUUCUGUUGGCUUUGUUGUAUAGUAUAAUUAUACUACAGUGUAGUAUUUGAUACACAAUCAUACAAAACUAACAUACAUCCGUUAAAAAGUCCCUACCUCUGAACUGUUUUCUGUCUGUAUUUUACACAAACAAGCAGACAGACAGACUGCGGCAGGGGGAGGGCUUGUAGAGACUGUUUGAUGGUACAGAAGGGUGGGCUGCUCGUAGGGAAGACAGUUGUAGCCCGGAGCCAUUAACACCAGCCGUUACCCAGCCUCUCACCAGACGCAGACCACUCUUCACGGAUGGGCAACAAGGGAAAUAAGUUCUUACGCUGUCCUCCGACAAGGGCGAGCAUCCACAGACAGAGAGUGGCUGCCAGGAGGAGGCUCUGGAAGGUGAGGGUCAUCUCUGUCUGGUGAACAGCGAGUGGUGCAAAAGAUCAAGACGAGGGUUCGCUUUUCAAGGGGAGAGAAGCUAAGAUCAAAGAUGUAUAUUAAUGGUAGACAACGCGUCAGCCUCUACGUCAUCAUCUCCAGCAACGUCACAAACAUGACGCAGCCUUUGUAUCGCUCGUCAACCCGUGUGUCAUCUAUGUAACAGUUCUGCUUGUCACCCAGCAAAACACUGCACAACGAUUUCUCUGCGAGUUCCAUGUAUUGCGACCGACAAACAACAAAAUAACCACGUGACCGUUCCUAGCCUCGCUCUCGUCCCAGGCUGUGACAUGACUCUAGUGUUGUUACUUCUCGUGGCCGCCGUCUCCACGGUCCACGGCCAAGACAAACCGACGGCACGGCUUUCCAUGAGUAUUAAUCGCGACCCUCCGCUCACAAAGGGAGGGAACAUGACCAUCGUCUGCUCAGUGGCGACGAUACUAACCCCAUGGAGAGAAAUGUCGAGCAUGGAUAUGACGCCACAACCCGAGCAACCUCUACUAUCGGCGAAGAAAGGUCAAGGCAAGGACUAUCGUAGGACGUUCCACAACUCUGCCAGAUUGGCAUCGAGCUUGGAGCUUGGGAUACACCCCUUGAGGGUGACCCUGCUCAAGUAUCCAGUGACAGAGGACGACACAGUUCGCCAGGUGCCUGUGGGCGAGUACCUCGUGAACCCGAUGGAACCCUCCCUGGCGCUGCAGCGCGUGCCACCUGUGCAGCUCGACUGGCAUGACACGGAGAAGCGCUCUCCCGUGCCCACCUACUCCCUGACAGCGCACUUCCCAGACCUCGACUGCUCGGACGAAGGCGAAUUCCAGUGUAAGGCCACCAUCCAACACUACGACGACUACAAGCAACUGGUCAUUCCAGCGGAGUCGGACUGCGUUCAUCGGUCUUCGUCGGAAGUUGCCGGAGUUUAGGGACGUCAGCAAUGUCGUUAACGAGUACCGUUGGCCAGACGACCCCACAAGUGACACCCAGUUCUGGGGUCUCGGGAGAAAAGCUACCCGGAGUUUCAAGACUGCGUGGAGCUUAAAGGGAACGAAGGCGAAUUAAGCUUUGGCUUCAAUGACGUGGAGUGCGAGAGAGUUCAGCCCUACAUUUGUCAUCAGAUUCUACCCUGAAGCUCCCGUUGGAAGCCUCUGUACCCCGGUGGUUAGUUCAUUCCACUUUGUGGAGAGGGGGGUAACAGAUGGGAGGUAACAGACGUCUUGGGAGGGAAAGAUGGUUGUCUGUUUACUUGAAUGCUGAGGCCUGAGGGUGGUAGACGCCCUCCUUGCCCCCAACUGACAUAGCACUUGAUUUCACGAAAUGUGAAAGAUGUGAAAUAAGAUGAUUGGGCUCCAUAGUCCUGUCCUUGCCACGGUGAGCCACUUACAGUUUACUGCUACCAUCCCUUCCAUUCCACAGAGCUGACGGACUAUUGCCUUUGUCUUGGUCGGUACAGAACUGUCACAGAAAUCAUUAGAACGAAGAAAGCAGAUUACUUUAUAUUUACAUAAACUCUGUUAAUACUCUUGGUUUAGUUUUGAUUUUUGGGUUGUUGUUUUUUUGUUUUUGUUUUUUGUUUUUGUUUUUUGUUUUUUUUGCUUUGUUUUGUUUUUACUUCAAGAUAGAGAUCAGCGCCCAGUUCACAUGCACCACUCUGGUAGCUUAUAAUGCAACACAUGAGCGAAAUGAAAGUUUGAAAGUGUCCCCACUGGGCUUUCCCGUCAUCAGUUCUCUCCAGAAACUAUCGGUUCCUAACGAAAAUACCUUGUAUACUGCGGGCUUAUCAGGAACAAGGUACAGAGGGAAUACUGAGAAGAUAAAAAAAGAAGGUAUACCUCAUAAAGCAUGUAAUUUAAAGGGUUUCUAGUCCCAACAGUUCAAAAGGAACUGGGAACUGUCCUCAGACAUUGCCCACUGCUGCUCUAGAGUCGGAACACGACUUCUAGAAGGUUCUGAUGACAAGUUGCUCAUAUGUCGCUGAUGGCAGAUUCUGGAACAGGUGGCCGACCUGACGACGAUUUGCAGAGUGCCGACUGCGUGGUCGUGACCCCCACCACCGGCACCUGCGAGCGGCGGCUGAAGAUUGACCCCCUGAUGAGCUACUACAGAGCACAACAAGGAUGCCCACAGGAGGCGCUGGAGUACCGGCACCUGCUACCAGCGCGUCACCAGCGCCCUCAGUCGCCAGGAUGCCCGGAUGUCCUGCUGCAGGAAGGGAGCACAACGCCGAGUUUCCCAGCAGGCACCACUACAACUACGUCACAACAUGGCUGGUCGGGGUUAGACAGCAUGACUAGGGAUGGGAGCAGGGGAGUGAGCAGCGGGGACUUGCUCAGCCGAGGGUGUGAUUCCUCUGUAAAGUUUGACGUGUCAGUCAAUGUUUGUCACAUAUUUGACAAUCUGUGCAUAGAAACCCCUUUGCAUACGAGAAGGUAGAAAUUAAACGAAUGAGACAUUGCAUUCCUUCAUCCCUUCGUUCACUCUUAUCCUUCCCAGACACCACCACCCCACCCACACCUUCCUGUGCGGAACAAAAGUAAAGAGCGCAUAAUUCAGAACAAUAUCUACCGAUGAUAAUAACGUGUCUAAAAAAAUCCCGGUAACCAUUUAUUACAGUUGGCCAUCAAAGCCGCUGUGAUCUUCUGUCCAGACGGAUUUUUUUUUCUUAGUGCUCCCUGAAGGUUCGUGUCGAGGAUUUUUUUAUUCAGGAAUAGUGACGGCCCCCAAACAGAAAAAAAAAAUGGUGAAGGAGAGACUUCCUCCCUGCGGCCUCUUUGAUGUGGUAUACUUGAAACUAUCGCUUCACCGCCUCCCGGCUGAUUUAUUUCCGCCGACUAGAAGAGGUUGCUUUGAGACCAGCAGAAGCAACAAAGCGUUAAAACUCACUUCUUCGCUCCCUCUCUCACUCUCCGUGUGAAUGUGUGCUCAACCAAGACCUUGUGAUCAUGACUGUAACUGCAAGAUGUCAACAAAUAAAGCUCCAAUGUAAACUCACUAAAUUCAUCAAAUAAUCAAUCAAGCAAUCAGUCAAUAAAGCAAUCAAUGAACGAUUGUCAGUUAGUAAUUCCGUCUAUAAAUAAGACGAGUGGUUCAGCCAGUCAGCCCAUCAAUCAACUAAACAAGUAAAUCAAUUAUCCAGCUGAUCAAUAAGUCAGCAAAUCAACCGAUCAAUCAAUCUACACGAUGCUAAUCACGAUUUUGAAUUUUUUUUUGUCAUCAUGGCGUGUAUGUUUUUAAAGAAACUGCCAAUCACACCGUCUGGGGAGCAGAUGCUAUUCACACCGUUUAACUAAGGAGUUCAAGGCUAGUCAUACAGCCCGAGCUUUCAUCCUCCUUCGUCGCUAAGUCCUCCCGCCGCCAUCAUUACCGUCCCAUAGGUCUUUGCGCGUGACAUGCAUGAGGCCAGCGCUGUUCUCGUUAACACUCUUAUCCCCACCUAUCCUGUCCUCCCCCUACCCCUCCAACACACACACACGUACCUACACACACAACCGAUUCGCUUAUGACCAAUGCUCGGCCUCUUGCGAAGUUCUCCGCUGUUAGUCUCGGCGAGCUUAAAGAAUGAAUGUGACUAAACCGGAAGCUUUGUACACACCAGCCUCGUUCUAGUAAUUAAGCUGAAACAUGGCAAAACCGUAAGCUGUUCUAUAAUUAGCCUCGUUCUAGGAGUUAAUUGAAAAAAAAAUCGUCUGUGAGCCACCCAGGGGAUACAGAUUCAUGAGUCAAUGAAA